UAUUUGUUUUUCAGAUGAGACCCUUUUUGCUCUUCCUGCUGCAUCUGAGCCUGUGAUACACUCCUCUGCAGAAAAAAUUAUGGACUUGAAGGAGCAGCCAGGUAACACUAUUUCGGCUGGUCAAGAGGAUUUCCCAUCUGUCCUGCUUGAAACUGCUGCUUCUCUUCCUUCUUUAUCUCCUCUCUCAGCUGCUCCUUUUAAAGAACAUGAAUACCUUGGUAAUUUACCAGCAGUGUUACCCACCGAAGGAACACAUCAAGAAACUUUAAAUGAAGCUUCUAAAGAGUUUUCAGAGAAGGCAAAAAAUCCCUUUAUAGAUAGAGAUUUAACAGAGUUUUCAGAAUUAGAAUACUCAGAAAUGGGAUCGUCAUCCAGUGGUUCUCCAAAAGCAGAAUCUGCCAUAACAAUAGCAAACCCUAGGGAAGAAAUACUUGUGAAGAGUAAAGAUGAAGAGGAUUUAGUUAGUAAUAACAUCCUUCCUAAUCAACAAGAGUUACCUAUAGCUCUAACUAAAUUGGUUAAAGAAGAGGAUAAAGUUACAUCUCCAGAAAAGACAAAGGACAGUUUUAAUGAAAAGGGAGUUACAGUAGAAGCUCCUGUAAGGGAGGAAUAUGCAGACUUCAAACCAUUUGAGCGAGUAUGGGAAGUAAAAGAUACUUAUACAAAAAAUAGUGAUAGGUUGACUGACGGAGGUAAUAUAGAGAGCAGGUUAGAAAGUAGAGUGGAUAAGAAGUGCUUUGCAGAUGGCCUUGAGCAAACAAAUCAUGAAAAGGAUAGUGAAAGCAGUAACGAUGACAUUUCUUUUCCCAGUACACCAGAAGCUAUAAAAGAUGGUUCAGGAGCAUAUAUCACAUGUGCUCCCUUUAGCCCUACAGCAACUGAGAGCACUGCAACAAACAUGUUUCCUUUGUUAGAAGAUCAUACUUCAGAAAAUAAGACAGAUGAAAAAAAAAUAGAAGAAAAGAAGGCCCAGAUUAUAACAGAGAAGAAUACUAUCACCAAAACAGCCAACCCUUUCCUUGUAGCAACACAGGAUUCUGAGACAGAUUAUGUCACAACUGAUAAUUUAUCAAAGGUGACUGAAGAAGUACUAGCAAAUAUGCCCGAAGGUCUAACCCCAGAUUUAGUACAGGAAGCAUGUGAAAGUGAAUUUAAUGAAGCAACAGGUACAAAGAUUGCUUAUGAAACAAAAAUAGACUUGGUCAAAACAUCAGAAGCUGUUCAGGAGUCACUCUACCCUGUGGCACAGCUUUGCCCAUCAUUUGAAGAAUCUGAAGCUACUCCUUCACCGGUUUUACCUGACAUUGUUAUGGAAGCACCAUUAAAUUCGGUAGCUCCUGGUGCUGGUGGUCCUGCAGUGCAGCCCAGUUCACCAUUAGAAGCUCCUCCUUCAGUUAAUUAUGAAAGCGUAAAACUUGAGCCUGAAAAUCCCCCACCAUAUGAAGAGGCCAUGAAUAUAUCUCUACAAAAAGUAGCAGGAAUAAAAGAAGAAAUUAAAGAACCUGAAAGUAUUAAGGUAGCUGUUCAAGAAACUGAAGCCCCUUAUAUAUCUAUCGCAUGUGAUUUAAUUAAGGAAACAAAACUCUCUGCUGACCCAACUUUCUCUAAUUACUCUGAAAUAGCAAAAGUCGGACAGCCAGUGCUUGAUCAUUCUGAGCUGGUUGAAGACUCCUCACCUGAUUCUGAACCAGUUGACUUAUUUAGUGAUGAUUCAAUACCUGAAGUUCCACAAAAACAAGAUGAAGAUGUGAUGCUUGGGAAAGAAAGUCGUACUGAAACUUUACCUGAGUCAAUGAUAGAACACGAAAAUAAAGAAAAACACAGUGCUUUGCUACCUGAGGGAGGGAAGCCAUAUUUGGAAUCUUUUAAGCCCAAUUUAGAUACCACAAAAGAUACCCUACCUGAUGAAGUUUUAACCUUGACUGAAAAGGAGAAAAUUCCCUUGCAGAUGGAGGAGCUGAAUACUGCAGUUUGUUCAAAUGACUUACUUGUUUCUAAGGAAGCAAAAAUCAGAGAAAGUGAAACGUUUUCAGAUUCAUCUCCAAUUGAGAUUAUAGAUGAGUACCCUACAUUCGUCCCUUCUAAAAUGGAUUCUUUUACUAAAUUGGCCAAUGAAUACACUGACCUGGAAGUAUCCCACAGAAAUGAAAUUGCUAAUGUCCAGGUUGGAGCUGGAUCAUUGCCUUGCUCAGAAUUGCCCCAUGACCUUUCUUUCAAGAACAUACACUCUAAAGUGGAAGAUAAAAUCUGUGCCUCAGAUGAAUUUUCCAAAGAUAGGUCUGAGGUAUCAAAGGUGCCCUUACUGCCUCCAGACAUUUCUGCUUUGGCGACUCAAACAGAGAUAGGCAGCAUAGUUAAACCCAAAGCUCUUGGGAAAGAAGCUGAGAAAAAACUUCCUUCUGAUACAGAAAAAGAGGACAGAUCACCAUCUGCUAUAUUUUCAGCAGAGCUGUGUAAAACUUCAGUUGUUGACCUCCUCUACUGGAGAGACAUUAAGAAGACUGGAGUGGUGUUUGGUGCCAGCUGAGUCCUGCUGCUUUCCUUGACAGUGUUCAGCAUUGUGAGUGUAACGGCCUACAUUGCCUUGGCCCUGCUCUCUGUGACUAUCAGCUUUAGGAUAUAUAAGGGUGUGAUCCAAGCUAUCCAGAAAUCAGAUGAAGGCCACCCAUUCAGGGCAUAUUUGGAAUCUGAAGUUGCUAUCUCUGAAGAGUUGGUUCAGAAAUACAGUAAUUCUGCUCUUGGUCAUGUGAACUGCACGAUAAAAGAACUCAGGCGUCUAUUCUUAGUAGAUGAUUUAGUUGAUUCUCUGAAGUUUGCAGUGUUGAUGUGGGUCUUUACCUAUGUUGGUGCCUUGUUCAAUGGUCUAACACUGCUGAUUUUGGCUCUAAUUUCACUCUUCAGUGUUCCUGUUAUUUAUGAACGGCAUCAGGCACAGAUAGAUCACUAUCUAGGACUUGCAAAUAAAAAUGUUAAAGAUGCUAUGGCUAAAAUCCAAGCAAAAAUCCCUGGAUUGAAGCGCAAAGCUGAAUGAAAAAGCCCAAGAUACUUAACAGUAGGAGUUCAUCUUUAAAGGGGAUAUUCAUUUGAUUACAUGGGGGAGGGUCAGGGAAUGAUGAACCCUUGACGUUGCAGUGCAGUUUCACAGAUCUUUAUUUUUAGCAAAGCACUGUUUGAGGAAAAAUGACCUGUCUUGACUGCCAUGUGUUCAUCAUCUUAAGUAUUGUAAGCUGCUAUGUAUGGAUUUAAACCGUAAUCAUACUUGUUUUUCCUUUAUGAAGCACUGGUGAAUAAAUGAUCUGAGAAAGCUGUAUAUUACACUUUGUUGCAGGUAGUCUUGCUGUAUUUUGGAAAGUUGCAGAGACGGUGGAGCUGAAAAAAAUAACCCUUUUCACAGUUUGUGCACUGUGUAUGGUCUGUGUAGAUUGAUGCAGAUUUUCUGAAAUGAAAUGUUUAGACGAGAUCAUACCAUGAAAGCAGGGAUGAAAAACCUUGCCUUUCUGGUAUGUUCUAGGUGUAUUGUGAAUUUUACUGUUAUAUUAAUUGCCAAUAUAAGUAAAUAUAGAUUAUAUAUAUAUAUCUAUAUAUAGUGUUUCACAAAGCUUAGACCUUUACCUUCCGGCUGCCCCACAGUGCUUGAUAUUUCAGAGAGUCAUUGGUUAUACAUGUGUAGUUU